AUGGGGCUGGACGACCAGCGAGCUCGUCAAGCGCCUGAAGCUGACAUUGACAUAGAUAUACAUGUUACUGCUCCUACACCCGUGGAGAUCCGCUCGUCGUCGGGCAAGCAUCGUGGCGCCGCUGCGACCGCUGGCGGCCGUGUUGCUCCGUCUUCACCCCCCGUUGGGGUCAAGCCAGCCGCUCUUACGCUGGAUGAUGCGCUGACGCACCACGUUGGGGCAUUUGGGGCCGGCCAGAUCGUGCUGCUGGUUGUGGCGUCAAUGUCCUGGGUCUCACUGGCUUGCGUUGCCCUCGCAAUGGUCUUCCUGACGGCCGACCCAGUGCGGUCGCAGUCCUGGCGCUGCACCUCCAGCGAGGACGCCGCCUGCGCCGCCGCCUGGGCCGUGGCGCACGCCGACCCUGGGCCGUUCUGCGAGCUGCCGCGGUCGGCGUACAAGUUCACGCCGCUGCGACUCUCCGUGGUGUCUGAUUUCGGGCUGGUCUGCGCCGACGGUUGGCGCGUGGCGCUCGCAAACUCUGCUUACUUUGUCGGGUGGCUGUCCGACCGCAGCGGCCGCCGCACCUGCCUCAUCGCCAGCAACAUCGCGACCGCCCUUGCCUGCGUGCUGUGCGCGGCCGCACCCGGCAUCUGGACGUACGCGGCCUGCCGCUGCUUGAUCGGUUUUGCGGCGGCGGGGCUGCCCAUUGGGUCGUACCUCCUGGCCACAGAGGCCGUGGGCCCCGCGCUGCGCGGCGUGGCGGGGCUCACUACGCAGCUUAUCUAUCACCCAGGAGAGUGGUUGCUGCCCCUCCUCUCAAGCCUGCUGCACGACUGGCGUCACCUGAACCUCAGCCUCGCGUGCGUUUGCCUGUUCGGCGCCGCCGCGGCCACCCUCAUCCCGGAGUCCCCCCGCUGGCUCCUGUCCCAGGGGCGAGCCGAAGAGGCGGAGGGGGUUGUUGCGUGGCUGGCAGGGUGGAACGGGCGCGAGAUGCCUGCCGGGGCACGGCUGAGCUCGGGGGAUGCAGAGGAAGCGCCGAAAGCGGGCGGCGCGGCCGGCAGCACAGGCAAGGGAUACUCACGGGUGCACCAGCAGGAUGCCGAGGCCGAGGGCGCCCCGGCCACCCAGAAGCAGCUGCAGGCGGCCACAGACGGCGGCACUGGGGGCGGCGAUCCGCAGAGCUGGCGCGUGCUGUUCUCUCACCCGCUGCUACGGCGGUCGCUCCUGGUGACGAGCGGGCUGGCGGCGGUGGCUGCCAUCACAUUCUUUGUGGCCGGGCUCACGAGCGAUGCGCUCGAGGGCUACUCAGUCGAGGGGGCCUUUUUCAUCACGUCUUUGGCGGAGGUGCCCGCAUACAUCAUAGGCAUGGCCGCGAUUGAUACAGCGGGGCGCAAGGCCACUGUCCUCACCUUCCUCAUGAUCUCAGGGCUCUCCUGCCUCGGCUGCGCUAUCCUCGGACCCGGCCUCGCCCAGAUCAUCCUCGCCACGGUCAACCGCGGCGUGAUCUCGGCCGCCUGGGGCUGCGUCUACAUCGUGGCCGCAGAGACCUGCAUCACCCCGCUGCGCAGCCAGGCGCUCGGCAUCAACAACCAGGCCGCGCGCCUCGCCGGCGUCCUCGCGCCCGGCGUGCCGUUCCUCGCCGCGCGGCUGCGGGCGCCGGGGCUGUCGUUCUGGGUGAUGGGCGUCAUAGGCGUCGCCGCGUCGGCGGCGGUGCUGCUGCUGCCGGAGACGCGCGGCGUGCCGCAGGCAGACACCAUCGAGCAGCUGGAGGAGAUCCACUCGGCGUCCGCCUGCAGGGCCGCGGGCGGCGCCGCCGGCGCCGCGGCGGCGGCGACGCACAAGGGCGCGGCCCCGACCGCGCACCGGCAGGGCGGGCCGCGCGGGGGUGCCGGCGUUGCCGACCACUGCGGCCGCGGUGAGUCUGUUGUCAGGGAAGAGUUUUGGGACGACGCCUACGAGGAGCCGGAUGUUGAGCGGCGGCCGCUGGUCGGCCGCGGCGCCGGCGGCAGCGGCGGCGGCGGCGGGGCCGGGAGCAGGGGCACCUGCGUCGCGCCGCCGGCCGCGCUCGGGCGGCGGCCUUCGGGGCUGGCGGCGGUCUGGUCCAGUUUCAGCUUCAGCUCAGGUUCCAGUGGGGAUGUCCUGGAUGUUGAUGCAGGCGCCGCCCCAGACGCGCCCUCCGGCCGCGGGCGCCGGGGCGGCGGCGGCCAGAGGGGCGGCGGCGCGGCUGCGGCGCGGGGGGCGCCGCACUUGAGGGAGGAGGCCUGGGUGCAGCUGGGGUCGCAGGGGUCCUCGUCGGCCCGCGGCACAUGGGUGUUGUGA